GAUUUCAAUUCAAGAUAAACCUGAAAGUACCAAAAACCCAGAAAGUCCAACUUUAAAUAGAAAUUAUAAAAAGAAAAAUAAAGUAAAAAUUAAAAAAGAGAAACAAAAGUGCCUAUCAAUCAAUGAAACACACACAUACAAAUUUCCAUUUGAUUUCAUUGUCAAAAAAUAAGAAAAAAAAGACUCAAAACUCAAAAGUGUUUGUUUUAAAACAAACAACAAAGGCAACAAAAGAAAGAAAAGUAUUACUACAUGUACAUGUAAUGACAUAACGUGUUUUGGGAAAUUCCUUUUUAAAAAAACAAAAAAUUUUGGGAGAAAAAAUUAAAAAUUAUAGAAUUUACACACCUAAAGAACAUGGAAUUUGGAACCAACAAGAGGGACUUGUUCUACUAUACUGUUCCUUUUUAUUCAACAAUUUCUUCCUCUUUAACCUCCCUUCUGUAUUGGGUGUAUUCUCUUUUCUAUUUCUAUUUAUUCUUAUUAUUAUUUACCUCACCUUUUUUUAGAUUUUUUUCCUCUUUUUCUUAUUCAUCCUUCAUUCAUGUGUUCUUGGUUAUCACGGGAGGAAUAUAUAGUUACCUACCUAUAAAGGGGUUGUUUUUUUUCUUUAAAAAGAUUGGAUUUUUAGGGUUUUCUUGAAGAAAAGAUCUGAAAAAUGGAUGGUGGGUCUGAUGGAGAAGGCCAAAAGAAUGUUAAUCAGAGUUCAUCUGAAGGACCCAAGAAGCCAAAAAGGCAGAUGAAGACACCUUUUCAAUUGGAAACCCUAGAAAGAGUUUAUGCUAUGGAGACGUAUCCAUCGGAGGCCACUCGUGCUGAGCUAUCAGAAAAAUUAGGUCUAACGGACCGCCAAUUACAGAUGUGGUUUUGUCACAGGAGGUUAAAGGACAAAAACACAUCAGGGGGGACAGAAAAGAAGCCACGCGCUAGUGGGACAGGCGGUAAGAGAAAUUUGAUGGAGUCACCUGGAAAGGAUUUAAUGGUUGCUGAGGCUGCUAGUGAUCGUGGCUCAGGAUCAGCUUCGAGGUCAGGAUCAGGGUCAGAGUCAAGUCGGUUUGAUAAUGGGGAUGAUAUGCCAACACUGCCUAUAAGAUAUUAUGAAUCACCUAGGAGGGCAAUGGAGCGCAGAGUGAUAGCUUGUAUAGAGGCACAAUUAGGAGAGCCUUUACGUGAGGAUGGUCCCAUUCUUGGGGUCGAGUUUGAUGAGCUGCCACCUGGUGCAUUUGGGACACCUAUCGAUACGGCGGAACGUCGGGACCAUUACAGGCACUCUUAUGACAGCAAAUUGUAUGGACCAUAUGAUGCUAAAGUUAAUGUUGGUUCAGCUCUCUCUCUUUCUCCGGUUCUGACAAGUGGUCAUCGUGAACCUGCUGAGCCCAAGAUUGUAUCUGAUAAAUAUGGGCAUAUUGCAGCUCCUCACCUUUAUGAUUCGCCUGUUGAUGGCCCUUCUAAAAACGUGCUAAUCAUGCAAGGGAAUGGACAUUUUGUUAGGGAAUAUGGUGUUGAAGGUCAAAACAUCAGUACAAUGUCUCAACAGAGCAGGGAGGGACGUUUUCCAUCCCCUCUGCAGGAUAAUGACUUCGUCCCCAGUAAUGAGGACAUCUUGCAAUUGGAUCGGAAGCGCAAGAUUGAAGAAGCUAGAGGAAGGGAAGUUCAAGCCAAUGAAAAACGGAUCCGGAAAGAACUUGAGAAACAAGAUCUUCUACGACGGAAAAGGGAAGAACAAAUGAAAAAGGAAAUGGAGAGGCAGGAUCGUGAAAGAAGAAAGGAAGAACUAAGACUGAUGCGUGAACAGCAGAGGAAGGAGGAGCGAUUUCAGCGAGAGGAAAAGCGUGAAAUGGAGAGGAGGGAGAGGUUUUUGCAGAAGGAGCUCUUGAGGGUGGAGAGGAAGAAGCAAAAAGAAGAGCUACGGAAAGAGAGGGAUGCUGCAAAACAGAAGGCUGCUAUGGAGAGGGCAAUGGCACGCAAAAUUGCUAAAGAAUCGAUGGAGCUGAUUGAGGAUGAGCGCUUGGAACUUAUGGAGCUGACUGCUUCUAGCAAAGGGUUACCAUCAAUUACGUCUCUUAAUUAUGACACUUUGCAGAACCUUGAGUCAUUUCGAGAAUCUCUGUGUGAAUUUCCUCCCAAGUCUGUCCAAUUGAAAAAGCCAUUUUCCAUCCAACCCUGGAUUGCUUCAGAUGACAAUGUUGGGAAUCUUCUUAUGGCUUGGAGAUUCUGCUUAAAUUUUGCGGAUAUUCUGGGGCUUUGGCCUUUCACUCUUGAUGAAUUUCUUCAAGCUUUCCAUGACUAUGAUUCCAGAUUGCUGGCUGAGAUACAUAUUGCUCUUCUGAAACUGGUUAUAAAAGAUAUUGAAGAUGUUGCUCGAACUCCUUCUGGUGGGCCUGGGACAAAUCAGUAUAAUGCUGUCAAUCCUGAAGGUGGACAUCCUCAAAUAGUUGAAGGGGCAUAUCUUUGGGGUUUUGACAUACGCAAUUGGCAGAAGCACUUAAAUCCUCUGACGUGGUCUGAAGUACUGCGUCAAUUUGCGCUCUCUGCUGGAUUUGGACCUCCAUUGAAGAAAAAGAGAGAACGCGCUUGUUUGAAUGAUUCUGAUGAGACUAAAGAUUGCGAAGACAUUGUGUCCACUCUGCGAAGUGGUUCGGCAGCUGUAAAUGCUGUUGCAAUUAUGCAAGAGAAAGGAUUUAUGUCGCAGCGCAAAUCCAGGCAUCGGUUGACACCAGGGACUGUGAAAUUUGCUGCUUAUCAUGUUCUCGCUCUCGAGGGAGACAAGGGCUUGAAUGUUCUAGAUAUUGCGGAAAGGAUUCAAAAAUCUGGGUUACGUGACCUUUCAACAAGCAAGACUCCAGAAGCCUCUAUAUCUGUUGCUUUGUCAAGGGAUCCAAUACUUUUUGAAAGAAUUGCUCCUUCAACGUACAAUGUUCGACUUGCUUUCAGGAAAGAUCCUGCUGAUGCGGAUGCAAUUAUUUCAGCAGCCAAGGAGAAAAUACAAAGAUAUGCUAAUGGAUUUCUCUCUGGACAAAAUGCUGAAGACGAAGAAAGAGAUGAUGAUUCUGAAGGUGAAGGUGAUGUUGCUGAAGGUCCAGAGGUUGAUGACUUGGGUACUCCGUAUGGUGUAAACAAGAAUAGAGAGCAAUGCAGAGUACUUGAUGCUUGCUUGGUGAAUGGAAAAAGUAAGACCUCUGAUGAGGUUGCACAACAAAUUGAAGUUGAUGUUGUUGGUAUUGCGGGAAGUAACCCUAGCCAAGAAUGUUCAGAAAUUGACGAGAGCAAAGCAGGUGAGCCAUGGGUUCAAGGACUCACUGAAGGUGAAUACUCUGACCUAUGUGUUGAGGAGCGUCUAAGUGCUCUUGUUGCCUUGAUCGGCAUAGCAAAUGAAGGGAAUUCUAUCCGUGCAAUUCUUGAGGAUCGUCUGGAUGCAGCAAAUGCUUUGAAAAAACAGAUGUGGGCUGAAUCCCAGUUGGAUAAAAGAAGAUUGAAGGAGGAGACGAUCAAUAAAUUUAAUGAUUGUUCCUUCAAUGCUGUGGUUGAGGGUAGCCAAAGCCCAUUGGGAUUUCCAAACAAUAAAAAUCAAGGAACAUCAGCAACCACGCUGGUUAAGGAUGAACCUGCUGUUAUCAUAGACAAUCUUCAGAACCAUUUUGAAAGCAUUCCUGCUGAAAAGAGUUCAGCUGCACAAGAAACCUUUGUGGGUCAAUUCGCCGUACCAAGUGGGAAUACGGCAGAAAGGUCACGCAUGCAGUUAAAGUCUUUCAUUGGCCACAAAGCAGAGGAGAUGUAUGUGUACAGGUCCUUGCCUUUAGGUCAAGACCGCAGACGUAAUCGCUACUGGCUAUUUGUUGCCUCUGGUUCUAGCCAAGAUCCUGGUGCUGGCAGGAUAUUUUUUGAAUCACCUCAAGGCUGCUGGAGACUUAUCGACACUGAAGAGGCAUUUGAUUGUCUUUUGGCUUCUCUGGAUACUCGAGGGAUCAGGGAAUCACAUUUGCAUAUUAUGUUGCAAAAGAUUGAGGGUCCUUUCAAGGAACGUGUGCGGCAAACCAAAUGUAGAAGAGAAUCUUCUGCAGCUAGUUCAAGCCCAGCCUCUGGUGCAACUGCAGACAGUCCUAGCAGUACCAUAUAUGGCAUGAGUUCCGAUAGCUGGGAAACAUCUUCGUCUUUUAAAAUUGACCUCGGGAGGAAUGAGGAAGAGAAAAAGAAUGCCUUCAAGAGAUACCAAGGUUUCCAGAUCUGGAUGUGGAAAGAAUGUCUCAGCUCAUCAAUCUUAUGUGCCAUGCGGUAUGGGAAGAAAAGGUGCUUGCCGCUUUUGGGAAUUUGUGGCCACUACUUAGAUUCUUAUCUUUCAGGAGAGGGCGUUUGUCCUUCUUGUAACAAAAUGAGUUGCAAAGUUGAAAUGAACGCCGAGUUCGCUGAGCAGGCAAUGGAUUCUAUGGACAAUCUGAACAUUGAUUACGAUAAUUUGGUGAAGGUUUCAAAUGCUUGUCCUCUAAGAGUCAGAUUGAUGAAGGCCGUAUUAAGUUUCCUUGAGGUUUAUGUGCCAUACGAGGCACUUCAAUCAUCUUGGACAGAAGACUGUAGAAAGACGUGGGGCAUGAAGCUGCAAAACUCGUCGUCUCCUGAGGAUCUUCUUCAGAUUCUGACUCAGUUAGAGGGCGUCAUCAAGCGUGAUUACUUGUCUGCCGACUAUGAGACUGCAGAAGAAUUGAUGGGUCUAUGUGCUUUAUCAAGAAAGGGUGCUUGUGAAUCUACUUGCCCUGAAUCUGUACCACAACUUCCGUGGAUACCUCAGACCACCCCUGCAGUGGCUCUCAGACUUUUGGAGCUUGAUGCCUCCAUAUCCUAUGAUCCUCAGCAGAAAACUGAGGCUGAGUUAAAAAAUAAAGUAGACCGCCUUCCAAAGCCAUCUAUGGGGUAUGCUUCUUUGAAAGUUCUGCAAAAGGUAGAACCAACAGAAAUGGAUCAUGAUGGACCGUUGAGAGGAGAAAACUGGGAUUAUGUCAGCAAUUUGCCUAGCAGCUCAAGAAGUAGGCAAGUUGUUCGUGGGCGAGGAGGCGGUCGUCCGCGUGGAAGGUUGCAGAAAGGAACUGCUAGCAAACCACCAGAAUCUGGCAGGGCAGUUGUAAGACCUAGUGAGACGUUAACUCAAGUUCUUAUUAAGCAGGGAGAAAAGCAUGGUCAGAGACAUGUACGAGGUCGCCGAACUGUCAGGAAGAGGAGAAUAGAGAAGAAAGUUGUUGAAGAGAUUCAACCAGAUUAUUUGGGUGACAGAAGCAGCCGACUAAGUCUUGUAGUAUCACCUAGAAAGCAUGAGAGGGAAGAGUUUGGCAUGAAUAUGGAAGGGAUAGAAGCCACAAAUGAUAAUAGUAGUAAUAGUAUGGAAGUUGCUGAAUCUGAUGACAGUGCUCCCGAAAAUACAUACGAGUUUAACAGGAGUGAUUUAAUGGAAAUGUCAGAUGAGGAUCAGGUUGUUUCUGCUGGUGAUGGCAUUGAAGAUGACAGUGACGAUGACGAUGAGGAGCCUGAUAAUGAUAACGAUGAUAGAUACAGAAGCCAGGGCCAAAAUCUGGAUGGUAGAUACAGAAGCCAGGGCCAAAAUCUGGAUGAUAGAUACAGAAGCCAAGGCCAAAAUCUGGAAAGAUACGAUAACAUGGACGAUGGCGACUCAGAUAGGGAUGGGGGUGUCAAUGAGGAGCAAGAAUCGGACUCUUCAGAGUCUGAAGAUUAUAGUGAUUGAGGUUGCCAAGGUUUUCGGGGGGCUUGACAAUCGCAAUAUAGCUCUGAUGGUUGAUCGCCGGGAGCACAAAGGUCUGGCGACAUCACAUUCUUUUUUUUUCGGUUUUUGUUUUUGGGAGAAGCUUUGGUAUUCUUUUGAGACGAAGCCCGAGAGCUGGCUUGUCUUUUGUGUAUAGCCUUAAAGGAGCAGGUUUUGGUAACAUUUUAUCAUCAUAGCAUAUGUUAGAAUAGUAUAAAACUGGUUAGUCCCGGGUUCCAAUACCGUCGUGCAAUUGUGUAAUGGGGUUGGUGAUCAAAACAGCUAUGUCAAAUUUCACAGUUGCACGUUUCUGAUAAUUUUAGUUUUAUGUUAAUGAUUAGCGGCUCAUCGUUUACUCCAA